AUGUCCAGCAGAACACCCAACGAUAUACUCAUGAAGAAGGAUACUCAUUCUUCCAAAGGCAGAAUAUCAAAGAGGAAUACCCAGCCAACGAGAACAUCGACACGCUUAAGAGAUGUCUUUAUCAACAGUGCUCAGCGUGAGGAAUUGAUAACUGCAUGUUCAAAAGGCGAUGUAGCCAGAGUAUCUCAUCUAUUGCAAGAAAAGAAAGCAGGCAUCAACCCAGACCUCAUUCGAGAUUCAAAAUUGCGUACGCCUUUAUUAAUCGCUUGUGCUGGAGGUCAUGCUGCCGUUGUAAGACAGCUGGUUAGAUUUGGAGCAAAUGUGAAUAAUCCCAUGGGCGAUAUAGUAGGGAAUAAACCGCUUGAUUUGGCAGUGAUAUCGAAUGAUGUGGAUACAGUGCUGGCAGUGUUGGAAGCUGGAGCAAAGGUAGCUAGCCAUGACAGUAGUCAACAGCAUGGCAUGGCAGACGAUGGAUUGCCAGUGGAAUUGCGACGAAGAGCAGCGAAGAGGACACCUUUGGAUCUGGCAAACUCUAGACUUGAAUUACUCAUACAACAAUCAGAGUCCAAGGGAACCAUCAAAUCAAACACAAUGGAUCAAGUAAAGCAGAUCAUUCAAUUGCUGACCCACUUUCUACCGCCAACCUCUGUGGAUGAACUGAACGAGCUAACUGAUAAACUGUCAUCUAUCAACAUAGCAAACGAAAGCACCAGUGAGGAUAACAGCCUGUACGAUCAGCAAAAGAACAACGAAAACAUGUUUGUCAUGAGGAGUCUGCGAGACGUCAUUUCCAAGAUACAAAUCUAA